AUGUCACACCGCCGCUCUCUGGCGGUGGUGGCGGCGGAUAGUAGCAACCCCGCGGCAUACGCCGCGGUACCAAACGCUGUAACCAACGCGCACCAGUCAGCAGUGUGUAAUGCAACAACGCCUGCCAGCGCCUACGCACCGCAUCACCUAUUGCCUCAGGUGGCCAGCAGCAGCUUUCGUGCAACCGCCGAGUACUCUAGCAGCUCCGCAUUCAUUCAACUAGCCAGCGCAGCUUCCACGAGCGCCUCCACCAGUGCCGCACAAAUGUUAUCGGCUCACCAACACCAACACCAACAACAGCAGGCGCAUCAGCACAACCAACAUCAUCACCAGCACAACCACAACCAAAGUCCGAUGCAUCAUCAUCAUCAGCGUCUGUCGGCGGCUGCUGCCGUCUCCGCCAUGGAUCAGUUCGUGGCGGCCGCUGCGGCAGCGACAGCAACAGCAACAGCGACGGCGACAGCCUCAUCAACAGCCAGCUCGAACUUGAUCACAGCACCGUCUUCAACACUCACUGAACUGGAGUUGGAUGAUGAACUUCUGGUGGACGCUGUGGAUGAAGAUGAGCCGCCGAUGUGGCUACUACACUUAGCCCAGCUGACGGAGCAAUUCGCGGCGCAUCGCAACAUUGCAGGUAGUGCUGUCGAGGCGCUAAAUGGCUACUUAAAGCGUGCCUCCGGAGCUGCUGGUUUCACAAAUGGUUUCAUGGCUGCGCGAAGCGGCCGCUAUUUACCAAAAGUGAUCACCGAUUAG